UUCUUUAAAACCUUGUCCUUUUUCUUCUGUUUCUGUGUCUUCCUUCUGACCACCAUUUUUUCCUCUCUCUCUCCUUGCCAUUUGAUAUUUUUGUGCUCUAUCCUUAGAUUCUUUUCUCACCCAACAAACUUUUAAUGUUUUUCUUCACUCAGCAUUGUGAAAGUUAGACCCUUUCAGCUUUUCUGCAUCUUCAGUUUCAAUGAGCGCUGAAAUGAAUGUUUUUCCUUCACCUCCUGUUGCUGUUAUUGGUCUCCAGUGUUUCAACAUUAUAGGGGUGAUGGGUCAUGUUGGAGACAUGAAAUCUGAAAGUUCUGAUAUACCUUUUCAGAUUUUGAAUCCCAAAAGCGUGGAGGAAGAAGAAUCUUCUGGGGUUGAAGCCACUGGCUUGUCUUUGAAACCUGGUGAAGAGCUUCAAGCUAAUAGUUAUCCUGCUAAAGGGAAAAUCAGACACACUAAGCUUUGUGCAAGAGGACAUUGGAGAUCAGCUGAAGAUGCCAAACUUAAAGAGUUUGUUGCACAAUUUGGACCUCAAAAUUGGAACUCAAUGGCAGAACAUCUUCCAGGAAGAUCAGGAAAAAGUUGCAGAUUGAGGUGGUUUAAUCAGUUAGAUCCUAGAAUUAACAGAAAGGCUUUCAGUGAGGAAGAAGAGGAAAAACUCUUGAAUGCUCACAAAGUGUAUGGUAACAAAUGGGCCACGAUUUCUAGACUCUUCCCAGGUAGGACUGAUAAUGCAGUGAAGAACCAUUGGCAUGUGAUCAUGGCUAGGAGGCAAAGGGAAAAGUCAUGUGUCUUCAGAAGGAGAAAACCCACGUUUCAGAUCCUUCCACCAAAGGAUUUGGAUUUGAUCUUGCCAGUGAAUGGAUGCAGUGAAUCAACCAUUUCAAGCACCAUCAUUGAUGAAUCUGCUUCAACAGGAACUAACCUCUCCUUCACUUCCUCUUCAGCAAAAUCAACUCCUCUGCCUUUUCUAAACCAUUGUCAAGUUCAGAAUGUCCAAACCUUUGGUGGUGCUCUAAUGGGUUUAUCUGGGGAAAGCAGGACACCAGACAGGGAUGUGAGUUUCAACAAGCAUUUUGGUGCUGGGAAAGGUUCAUCUGAGACUGGACACAUGGGAAGGGUAAUGGGUGUGGACCAAUCUCAUUACUCAGAUUCAAACUCAUCAGAAGUUUCAGAAUCAGUUGCCACCAACAAGACUACCAAUUUAUCAAUGUAUGGGGAAAGUGAUAACAGCGCCAACAUGUUAUUCAUUGAUUUUCUUGGAGUAGGAACUACAUAAAGAAAAUGUUUGAUUAGAAUGAAUGAAUAAUCUUCACUCAGAAAGACAUUGAUCCUAACAGAGGAAGAGGGAAGAGGAGUUUGGAAUAGUGAGCAAUUAUGGUUGUGAUGAUGAAGAGAAAUGGAUCUGCCUUCAUUCACGUGUGCAAUUAGUCCCAUUUAUGGCCAAAGGUUAAUUGCAUAAAUGUGAAAUGAGGAGAGAAAAUAAAUAUGAAAAAACAAAACAAAAACUGAGGAAGAAAAGAGAUAACAGAGAGAGUUUUGAGUUAUUUAUGUUAUUUUAAGAAUAUAAAAAAUAUGAUAAUUUUGAAACUCUUAAAUUUGGACUGAUCUUAGGACAGAAGCGGGACUGUGUUUUUUUGUGUUGUACUUUGUCAUUUUAAGCAAAGCCGUAGUACUUGACUUAGGUGUUCUCUUUGAAUGACUCAACGACCGUUUUGAAUGAUUCAUUUGUUAUGGGCCA